AUGAAGGUAUCACCUUGCUUGAUCAGAAGAAUGUUUUUUGGAUAUCCCCUAACUAAAGCAGGUUCUGGGCUGGUUCAGCACACUAAAGAUGUUUGCUUGAGGUUCUGCAGACCAUGGAGUUCUGCAGCAGCUGCUGACACAUCUGGUGAUGAUGCUUUACUGAAAUGGGGCCUUCUCCUGGUCCCUCUGACCACCUUUGGUCUCGGCACAUGGCAGGUUCAGCGACGGAAGUGGAAAUUAGAUUUGAUUGCACAACUGGCAUCAAGAAUUACAGCAGAUCCUAUCCCUCUGACAUUAGACCCCAUGGAACUGAAGGAGCUGGAGUACAGGCCUGUGAAGGUCCGAGGGCGUUUCGACCACUCCAAGGAGCUCUACAUUCUGCCCCGGUCGCUGGUGGACCCCGAGCGGGAAGCCCGGGAAGCCGGGCGGCUGACAUCCCACCCGGAGAACGGAGCCAAUGUCGUCACCCCCUUCUACUGCACACAGCUGGGGGUCACGAUUUUAGUCAACCGAGGAUUUGUGCCCAGAAAGAAAUUGAAACCGGAGACCAGGCUGAAGGGACAGAUUGAAGAGGAAAUCGAUCUCACGGGGGUGGUGAGGUUAACAGAGACCCGCAAACCCUUCGUGCCCGAGAAUAACAUCGAGCAAAACCGCUGGCACUACCGGGACCUGGAGGCCAUGGCCAGGGUGACCGGUGCUGAGCCCAUCUUCAUCGAUGCAGAUUUCAGAAGCACCGUCCCAGGGGGGCCCAUUGGUGGCCAGACCAGAGUGAGCCUGCGGAACGAGCACAUGCAGUACAUCAUCACCUGGUAUGGUUUAUGUGCUGCAACCUCGUUCUUGUGGUACAGGAAAUUUAUACAGAAGAUACCUCGGUGAGGGGAACGUGUAACCUAUUUGUACUACAGUCAGGAGCAGACUUUUAUGGAAGACAGGAGCCUGAUCAGUCCUGAACAGCUGAAACAGGCAGGAUUUCAGGGCAGUGUUCCACAAACAUGUGCCUCUAGCAAGCUGCAAAUCAACUUUUAAGCAACCCCUGCAGACUCUGAGCUCCCACCAGCGUGACUUGGCUGCAGCUUGGAAGCACUGAACUUAAAACAGUAAUCAAGGACACAUUUUUGUGUUGUGGUUGAUUGUAAGCUACAUUUUAACAUCUGCAGUGCUGCGUUUUCCAAAAGACAAAUCCAAAGGAUUUUGUGAGUCAAAGUUUCUUUGCAUUGAAUAGCCAUUCCUGAGGUCAAGAGUGGCUCAAAGUCGUUGCAUCAGAGUAAAUAAAGGCCUACAGGUCUCUGCUUUGUGA